AGUUUACGCAAUUGCACAACAUCCCGCGAGCAAGUCAGCAAAGGGUGGAAAUUCUUUUCUCCACUAUGUGAAGGCAGUUGCGAAGGGAGCUGUGGAAAGUUCCCUUUUGUGGCUGAGCCCGAGGAAGUGCUUUGUGUGCACAAAAGCCCCGUGGGGGGCGUGUGACUGACAACUGCAACACGGCAGCAGCCCCGCCGGUGAAGGAGGCGCAUCCGCGGGAUCUGCAAGGCGGGAAGUAGUCUGCGCGACAGCCUGGCGCAAUCCGCCCUGCCCGCGGAAGGACGCUUCACGUGGGCUGAGCGCAGGGUGGAACGGGACGUGGGCGCCUUUCCGUCCUCACGUCCGGAGCUGGGACGUUUUGCGAGGAGGAGGAGGACGGGGAGCCGGCAGCAAAGAAACCCCUGCAGGUGUGCUCGCGUGGGAGAAGGAAACCGAGAACUCGGCCGCCUGUGCGCUUUGCGCUCCUUUUCCCCCCACAACUGUGACAACGCUGAGAAGAAGCGGCCGGCGGGGGAAGCGGAGGAAGAGCACGGUCCGGAGCGAGAGCCGUUCAGGCACCAGGCGCGCGCGCUCUGCACCGUGCACGGGGACGGCGGCACGUGUGAAGGCGACCCAAAGCCGCGAGUCUGCGCCCGAGGCCUCCCCAACUCAAGCGCUGUGACUACGGGUGCUUUGUGACUUCACUCGCUGGGCUGCUCACAGCCCCUGUGAGCGAGCCCGUGUGGCCUCGCCUGCCUCCAUGGUUGGCGGCGCCGGCACCGGGGACAGGCAGCUGCUGAUCCCGCGGAGAAGCCGCUGGUGGCGCAGGAUGCCCUGCUUCACGGAGGGCGCGGCCCUCAUCCCGACGCUGCUGGUCUCCUGGUCUUCCGCCGCCUUCAUCAUCUCCUACGUGAUCGCUGUCCUGAGCGGCCAUGUGGGCCCGCUGUUCCCGUACAUAAGUGAUACAGGAGCAAAACCACCAGAAAGUGGUAUAUUUGGAUUUAUGAUUAAUGUUUCUGCAUUCCUAGGUGCAGCUACAAUGUACACGAGAUAUUUAAUUGUAAAGCAGCAAAAUGAAAUAACACAUUUUAUUUCUCCUUGUUUCAAUUUACUGGCACUGUGUGUUGGAGUAGUGGGUUGUAUUGGAAUGGGCAUCGUGGCAAGCUUUCAGGAGCUAGCAGUUCCCGCUGUCCAUGAUGGAGGCGCUCUUGUGGCUUUUAUCUGUGGUGCUCUGUAUAUUGUGCUUCAGACAUUCAUUUCUUACAAGUCACAGCCACAAUGGAGCACUCCUUGUAUGUGCCACACUAGGCUGUUCUUCUCAGUAAUGACUACUGUAGCUGUCAUUCCCAUGAUUACAUGUGCUUCACUAAUAUCCAUAACAAAAAUUGACUGGAAUCCAGGUGAAAAGGACUAUGUGUUUCAUUUUGUGAGUGCAAUCUGUGAAUGGACAGUAGCCUUUGGUUUUGUUUUCUUCUUCUUAACUUUCAUCAGAGAUUUUAAGGGAGUUACCUUGCGGAUAUCAAUAGAAGUACAUGAAAGAUUCUAAUCCAUUGUUAUGAUUAGGUUCAAAGAAGCUGGGGUUGGGAGAUCAUUGUUAAGAAAUGGUUGCACAGAAACCAGAACAGUCAAAGACAAUGGGAUACAAACCAGCUUCAUCAGCGCUGCAAUUUGUAUAAUCAAAGCCAAGGAAAAAUAUCUUUCAUUUUAUCACUUUUCUGUACUGUAUCAUUUUCUUUUAAACUGUUCUAAAACUUUUUUUAUAUUUUUAAAACUUUUUGACAUUUAUUUUUCAGAAGUGAACACUAAAAAAUAAUAAAAAAAUGUCACACUGGCGAACCCUGAAAAAUGAAUUUAAAAAAUAUAGUUACACUGUUCCAUGAGUAAAAAAUCUAAAUUGCAGCAGGUAACAACACAGAUUGUGCUUUGCUUCCAGGAAGAAGAGGAGAUGCUUGUGCUUUUUUGGUAUAUAAAAUGUGCCUGCCUACUUUUCCUUUUGAAAGUAAACAAUAAAAUUAAAGGCUAGUAUUGAAAUGUUAAGAUGAAUGAAAUAUAAAGGAUGAAAAUGACUACUGAGCUGUAUAUUUCAGGGGAAAAGCUUUUUGUGGCUUUUUCAGUGAAAAGCAUGUGACAUAAAAUGUGUAAAUAUGAUGCUUCCCAGGUAUAUGGUUGAGAGAGAGAGCAAGUCCUGCAUUUAAAAGAGCAUUGUUGCAGGAAAUGUGUAGUGUAGGUGGUAAGAGAAGAUAAUUUGAAAGAAGGGGGAAUUUGAACUGCUUCUUUUUGUGUGAGCCUAUAAAGGUCUGCUCAGCAACAUACCCCAUUGAGUUCAAUGGGACGUAUGAAAUAAGUGGGCAAAAGGUUAAUGUUGAUUAGGAAAGCCUUUUUCUAAGGACAUAAACAUUGUAGGUGGCUUUUCUGGUCUGUUAGAAAGUCACAGGAUGGUCUUAUGUUUUUUAGAACCAACCAAAUGAUCAGGGUCUGAACAAAUUUGCAAGAAGGGGGGUGGGGGGACAUUAUUAUAGCCUUUUCUAAGAGUAUGUUUGUUCCAAGUCACCUUUCCAUGUCCUAACACAGAAGAACAAGUGGCGCUAGAGUGAGCCACACCUUACCCUGUAUGGUGACCAAAGUUAUUUGGAACUUUUGCUGCCUGCUUCUCCUAUAGGAUUUUAUUCUUGGCUUUCAUUCUGUCCUCACCCAAGGCCUUCCUUGGGGAAAUGUGCAUGUGAGUUUUCCCUAUCAAACCUCAACAUUCUAGUUCAUACACCCAGGGUUAGUUCCACCACAAAUAAAACAGUCCAGCUAAAACUGUGUACCAAAAAUGCAGGGGUGUCAGUGCAUCAAAAGUAACCGUGAUGGUGGAUGCUGUGCUGAUGCGAUGCUGGUGAGGGUUCUUCCCCUGCUGCGUCUACAAGUGGCCAUUUUAGUCUGGCUCAAAGGCCAUCUUUUAUUUCAUUAGCUUCUAGAAAAGGCAAUAUUUCUUGUAUCAAAGCUUUUACCAAAUUUGUACCUCACUGAUUCUUGUACAGUUCUGGAAUUUCUAUGAGCUGGUUCACAUGUUCACCCAGACUAGAAUCCUCUCUCCAUUUUGGAGUAGUGGAGUUAUGCUCCUCCUUUGCAAACAAGAAGUGAUAUUAAUGAUUCCUAACUCACAGGAAGGAUGAGAGGGAGGCUACCCAGAUCAUAUUGCAUGUGCAUAGGUAGAAAUGCUUGCUUUCCAGACUUUUAUAAUUCAGAAAGAUUACGCCUCAUUUUUCUAGGCAGAAAACAGGCUAAAAUAUUUUAUUUUCAUUUUACUUCUAGUAGGAAAACAAGUUAAAAUGCUUUCUGUACACUGCCUAUUCAUCUGUAUGUAUACUUGAAGUUCCCACUUAUUUGCAGGAUUGUUCCACAUAAAUGUAUCAGACUGCGACCCCUUUGAUCUCACAAAGACAACUUCAGAAUUAGCAUGCACAGAUCUAGGUUGCUGUGAUUUUUAAAAAAUGCUUUCUUUUCUGCACAGCAGAUGGCACUAAUAGGCUACAUUUGUGGUAUGCAAUGCUAUAUAAAUCCUUGAACAAGAAUUUACUUCCCUGGGAAGAAAUAAAUGUGUGGGCAAUUUGAAUUUUGAUCAAAUAGACAACCACAAGAGGAGUUGGCUGGUUUCCCUGUGCUUGUGCUAUAAAGCAGCUGCUAAUAGGAAUGUACACAAAAUUCAGAUAGAAUAUUAAUUUCGGCAUAGAGUUACUUCACUAAAGUCUUUUAACAUUAAAGUCAACUGUGGCUUAAUGACAAUAGUGGCUCUCUGUUACCUACAGUCCUGUAAUAGGUGUUAAGCCCAGUUCAGUUUAAAUUCUGCAGAGCAAAUUAUUGUGACAAGGAUAGGCGUGAUUAAGCCAAACACAAUCUUCCAACUCUACUGUACCUCUCCAGGUGCCUGAAAACAUAUUUUUCAGUGCCAGGCUCUUGGGCAGAGCUGCUGGGCUUGUUUUUCUGGGUGGUUCACCCAAGUUAUGCAUAUUGCCCUAAUAUUCUUUUUUAUUAGGGCUGUUUCCCACAUCCAGUCUGUAGAUCAUUUCACAUACAUGUGGACUCAUGGCUACUAAUGUCUUUCCUAAACAGCUAGUGCAAAGGAAAUCUUUAUGGAGCUUUGUUUUGGAGGUUACCGGCCUGGAAAUAUUUGUUAUCCCAUGCAAAACUGACAGAUCUAGCCUGUUCUUGCCUUAUUUAUCAGUUUCAAAGCAUGGAUGCCAGUGUUAAGCCUGACGUACCUAAUUCCUUUCCUUGUGUAAACUGCCCAUUUAUUCCUACCCUUUUAUUUCCUGUUGUUUCCAAACCAUAAAGAGGACUUGGCUUUGUAUUCCAUGGCUGCUGUCCUGCGAAAUCUCCUCCAGGGCCUUGGGUAAGAAACUUUAUCCAAAUCUUUCUAAAAAGCCAUUGACACUUUUAUGCAGUGGGCCACCAGUGCCUACAGCAAGUUUGUUGACAAUCUCCCAAGUAAUUCCAACAGGCUGAAGCAUGAUUCUGGCUUACAUAAGCCAUGUUGACUGUUUUUCACCAUGGCAUCAUUAUUCAACAGUGAAGAAUUGUUUGACCAGAAUGUAGGAGAAAAAUUACUGAGGUUUAUGCUCUUUAUUUAUGGAAACAGUACCUAAUUGGUGUCUGCAGAAGUUUAAAGCCCGAAACAAAAGUCCUGUUGAGUUACUCAUCUCAGCAAAAAACAUGGGGACUGUUGUGCCUUGAGUCAAGCAAUUCAUAUUUUAGGCCAUGUGCAUGCACACCUGAUGUGGAAAUGGUUGAUUUCUUCUUACUGCAUAAGGAUCCUUUCCUAUUUCAAGAAACUGUUUUGGUAAGCCCAGGUGGAUUUGUGUCAGCCAGCAUAACCCGACUAUCCAAUGCUGGGCUCUCACCAUGGGGUUUGCAUAUGGAGCAGAAAGGUGGUAGAAUGAACUGGUGUGAUUCAGAACAUCUUAAGUGGGGAAAAGCACAUUUUUAAUCCACUUUGUAAAGAAAUGCCUUACAAGAAGGAAACAGACCCAGCAGGAAACAGAUGAGUCUAAAGCCUUGUUUUACUUGCUGAAAUGUUAAACAGGAUCUUGGAGACCUCUUUUAAAGGUCCAUGACCCAGUAAGUAAUAGCAUACAGCAUUCUAAAGCUUCAUUCUCCUGCAUGCGAAUGUUACCAGACAUACUAUAAGUUAGUAUAAUUAACAACACUGUUAAUUAUGUAGCACUGUCAUGACACAUUCAGAGUUCAAUGGGCAAAAAGAAAAGUCUGCUCCAGACUAGGUUUGACAGUGGAUGUGGGGGGCAGCAGAGAAAGAAGCGAGG